GAACGUGUCAACCCCCGUCGUCUUCCCUUCCUUUCUUCCUUCAUAUAGUCUCUGCUCUCCUCUCUCUCUACGCCUCCGUUUUCUCUUAUCUACUUGCUUUGAGGCGAGACGAAUUGGCAAAAAGAAAGCUGCUUUGCCGAGUUGGGAAGCCGGGAGAGGACGCUGCCGCGGCUGGCCGGCCGUUGACCGGCCAUUGAUGACAACAGCGCCGCCGGGGCUUAGCAGGAGGCCCCGGAGGGGAGGAAGGAGGAGGAGAAGAAGAGGAGGAUGUCGUCUCUGGUGCUGCCCAGCGUGGGGCUGAAGGACCAUGUCAGCCUGCCGCUGCGUCUCCACGGAGAGGGGCAGGAGGAGGGGAAGGAGGUGGAGGCGGCGAGGAAGAGGAAUGGGUUCUGUUUGGAGGGCAGAGUAGAGGCGGAGGAGUCGUCGGAGAGCUCCUCGAUCGGCGCUGCCUCGUCGUCCUCGGAGAAGGACGAGAAGGAGGAGGAGGAGGAGGAGGAGGCGGUGGAGAGCAAGAGGAAAGAUGGGGCUUUUGGGUCUUUGGAUCCCUUGGAAGACUCCCUUCCCAUCAAGCGAGGCUUGUCCAACUUCUUCUCGGGGAAGUCCAAGUCGUUCGCGAGCCUGUCGGACGCGGCCAUGGCGAGCGCGGGGGAGCUGGUGAAGCCCGAGAACCCCUUCAACAAGCGCAGGAGGCUGCUCAUGGCGAGCAAGAUGCGGCGGGCCUCCUACACCUCCCUCGUCCGCCCUCCGCUGCCGCCGCUCCUCCCCUCCGCCCACACGGUGGAGGAGGAAGCAGACGACGACGACGACGACAAGGAACAACAACAAGAAGACGACGACACCAACAAGAACAAACGCCAUGGCACUGACAUCACCAACACCAACAAGAACAAGAACAAGAAGCAGGGUGCUGCUUUCAGAUCUCCAAGAUCCUUCUCCCUUUCUGAUCUCCAGCAACUGUAGUAGCGCUCUUACCCCCAACAGCAAUUAAUGGCACAAACAGCGUCUCAUGUUUCAAGGUCAGCCCUCUCUCUCCCUCCCUCCCUCCAUGAGAGUCAAAACAAGAACAAGUAGUGUGCGUGACAUAUAUCACUGCAAAUCCAAGAAGAAAUCUUUCGCUUU